AUGACGCCAUGGUCUUUCGUAUCUCCCGCCUCUCGAGGCAUCGGGUUCGCCCUUGCUAGGAGGAUACUGCAAACGACAAAAGCACCCCUGGUAGCUACUGCACGAAAGGAUCUUGCAAGCACAAGAAUAAAACUACUAGAAGGUUUAGAUGUGGAUGACAAUAGAUUGACUAUGCUUGAACUCGACGUUUUGGACGAAACCUCAAUCGCCAACGCCGCCGCAGCAUGCAAAGAGAAAUUUGCUACACCCUCCCAGCAACUACAACUCGCCUUCGUCGUUCCAGGAAUUCUAUACCCAGAAAAGUCCCCAGCCCAAAUCAACGCAGACGACGCGCUGCUGACCUUCCGCACCAACACUGUCGGCCCGAUGCUAAUAAUCAAGCACUUCUCGCCCUUUCUCGCGAAAAAGAGAUCCGAGCUCGGAGGCUCAGAGGAAUCUCAAGGUCUCCCUCCCAUCUCAACAAUGGCGGUAAUGUCCGCCCGCGUAGGCAGCAUCUCCGACAACCGCCUUGGCGGAUGGUACAGUUACCGCGCAUCUAAGGCUGCUGUGAACCAGCUUGUCAAGACUUUCGACAACCAUCUGAAGACAGCCUCAGGGGACAGAGCGAUCUCCAUUGGGCUUCAUCCUGGUACGGUGAGAACGGAAUUUAGCAAGGAAUUCUGGGGCGGCGUGAAGAAGGAGAAGUUGUUUGAGAAGGAGUGGGUAGCUGAGCGGUUGGUUGAAGUUGUUCGGAAUGUGGGGGUGCAAGGAAGAGGAAAAUGCUGGGAUUGGGAUGGGAAAGAGGUUCUGCCUUGA